AUUCAUGAUGGUGAAGUAGAUAGGUAGUUAGGUACCUACCGACCAACGUGAUUCGUUUAUUGAUUUAAUCUUGUACAACCGGUACCGACAUUGGUUUUAGCCAGUUACUCCGGUUACCUACCUAAUAAUAAUUCGUACGCUCGAUAUUCGUAUACCUAAUACCUAAAGGUAGCUUAUUUCAAUUCUAAAUGAUAUCCAAAACAGUAUUCGUGUAUUUUUUCAUUCUUCUAUAUUGGUCUGACACAGGCACCACAAGUACCAAGUUUAUAUAACGGGCACCACUAUGACUAAAAACUUUAAAAAAAAUAAACUGCUCUAAAACACCUUUAUCAUACAUAUAGAUUUAAACUUAGUCAUUGUGGUGCCCGUUUUAAGUAUACGUAGUCAUUGUGGUGCCCGGUUUUGGGCUUGUGGCGCCCAAAUCGGGCACCACAAGGUCUUUUUAUAUAAAACGAUGUAGAAUUUGAUGAAAUGCACUCUAAGGUGAAAAAAAAAAUUUGAGGCAGGCACCACAAGUACCAAGUUUAUAUAACGGGCACCACUAUGACUAAAAACCUUUAAAAAAAUAAACUGCUCCAAAACACCUUUAUCAUACAUAUAUAUAUGAUCCUCUAUGUACGCGGGCACCACAAUUACCAUAAAAGACCCGGGCACCACAAGGUACUAGGUACGUGUAUUCAUAUAUAUGAUCCUCUAUGUACGCGGGCACCACAAUUACCAUAAAAGACCCGGGCACCACAAGGUACUAGGUGUUACAGUCACUCCACUGCAGCCAACUCUGAAUGAAGCAAACCAAAUAAUUCCUGAAACAUCUCCGCUAAUACAUCUCCAGGCACGAGUAUGCAAAAAGGUUCUACCGCAAAGCAUGGAAGUUACAAGCGAAGACAGAGCAAUUUUUGUCGGUGCAUCUACUUUUAAAGAAUUCAUUCGAAGAAACAAUUUUUAUACCGAUAAUUCUGGAUUGAUUCGUGAAAUUAUACACUCCAAGGCCAAGGUUAUUAUCAUUACCGCGGCCCAACGUUGUGGUAAGACUAUGAAUUUGAAGAUGAUUCAGACGUUUCUAGAGAUACCGGUAGCCGAGAAUGGCAGCAUUUUUGAGUUGAACUCAACAUUUGCGUACAAUUAUUUCGCAAAUGGGGUAGUCGUCCCAUCAAGCAGAGAUCAUACGAACGUCAGUAUCGAUCCCCAACCGAUGAUUUCCAACUUUCCGGUUGAUAUUUCGGAGCACUUGGGAAAAUAUCCCGUUAUUUAUAUCGAUUUUGCAAAUAUUGACCCGAGUAUAAACAGUAUUAAAUCCAAAAUCGCGGAAAUUUUCAACGUACAUAAAUACUCACUGCUCCCAUACGAGAAGAUUUACAAUGAACAACCGGGGACUACCUUGGGUUGCAAUGCUCUGACCAUUAUAGAGAAAUUUGACAACAUUACAAAGGGACAAAUCAACGAAUGUGAAUUAAUUCGUAGCAUUUGUUUUCUGUUCGAAUUUCAUAAUAGAACAAAAGUCGUGAUACUGAUCGACGAAUACGAUCACUUUAUAAAUCAACUUGUUUCAACACAACUUGAUCACAAAAAACUUCUAACAUUUUAUGGAAAUUUCCUGAUCGCUUCCGUUAAAUCAAACAUAUUUUACUCAACACUAGCCCUACUGUCUGGGACCACUAGAGUAGCCGAAUUUACUGGAAUAUUGAAUUGGGAGUGUGGUUCCGUAUUUGCCAACAUCGUUGAGCUAAAUGAUUUUAAUAAUUUUUGUGGAAUCACCGAACCGGAAAAAGAGGAGAUGGUUAAAUUGGCCAAAGAUCCGAAAUAUUCACCAAAACAGGAAAAGUAUGAAAGAAGUACACAUGUUCAUGAAGCUACUUACUCGUAUGGACAAAUGCGUGAAAUAGACCGUUUGAAACGUGAUAUGACUGAUAUUCUCAAAACAUCGGCGACAAACAGAAACGUAUCAACUUUCUUUCCUUAUAUAAAAACAAGGCUGAAAAUUUCGUUCAACAAUUGCAGAGCAGAUGUUCUCCAGAAGAGUACUCACGAUAUCAUGACUGUUUGGAACAACACAUUGAAACUUCCCACAUUCGAAAGGACUCUAGAACUGUGGAAGACUAUUGCUAAAGUUUAUCCAUAUUGUUACAAAUGUAACAUUUCCUCCUGAAGAGCCGAACCCAAUGUACCAAGAUUACCAUAUAACAGGUUGGAUAAGGGCAUAGACCAAAAAAACUACGUUGUCGCUCUUUCAGGACACCUCUUGAGCUAAAAGUUUUUUGAUGACUUAUGACUCAAAAUGAAAGUCUCCACUCAAUUCGGUCAAAAUCCUUGGACUGUUUUUUGUGAUCUAUCUUUAUUCAUAUUGAAAUUAAAAUCAGAUUCCAUCAAUUUUUUUGUAGAAAAAGGUCAGCAUCAUUUCGCGACGUACCAUAAGUAAUACAUAUAAAUAAAUUCAAGGAACAAUUUGAGGUACAUAUAUUAAUGAAAAAAUAAAUGAAACAUAGAAGGUACUAGUACCUACCUACCUACCUACCUACCAACCUACCAAACAAUUAUUUCUACUUUUUUAAAGCAAAAGAAAAUAAACAAAAUUUUUACAAAAAAGGAAGGAAAGCCUCUUACGAUUUAAAUAAGCUUGUUCAGUUUUAAUACCGUAUGUUUAUUUUUUUGUAAAUGUUGUCAAAUACGAGGCAUUUAAUACCUGGAGCUGUUCAAUAGCAGUGAAAUUUUUUUGUCA